AUGGGGGAGAAAAAGUCGGGACGGUUCUCACCGUCGCUGAUGACGCUGACGGCCGUGCUCAUCACCAUAUUCAUGAUCGUCGGGCUGUUCGGCAACGCCAUCACCAUCGUGGCCCUGCUGCGCUGUCCGCGGGUGCGCAACGCAACGUCACCCGCCGUCUUCAUAUGCAGUCUGUGCAUAGCCGACUUCUCCUUCUGUCUGCUGGUGCUGCCGUUCGAGAUCUCCCGCUUCGCCAACGGCGCCUGGACCUUGGGCGAGGGCUUCGUCUGCGUGCUCUUCCCCUUGCUGAGAUACUGGAACGUCGGCUGCUCCCUGCUCUCCAUCGCCAUGAUAACGAUCAACAGGUUCGUGAUGAUCGCUUUCAACGACCUCUACAAGAAGAUCUACGAACGUCGUUGGGUGGUGGUUCAGAUCGCCUUCAUCUGGCUCUACAGCUUCGGCAUGCUGACGCCCACACUGGCAGGCUCUUGGGGUCGGUUCGGCUACCAUCCGCUGCUAAUGACCUGUACCAUCGUGCGCGUCAACGGACACUCGGCGAAGAUCGCCCUCUUCUGGAUCGGCUUCCUCAUUCCCUGCAUCGCCAUCAUCAUCUGCUACAUCGGCAUCUUCCUGGUCAUCUCGGGCAUGAAGGAGACCAGCCAGCAGAAGAAGUCUCGCGAGGAGCGAGCCCGCAAGAACGAAAUGCGCAUUACCAGGAUGUCGCUCGUGAUCUUUCUCACCUUUCUGGUGUGCUACCUGCCGGCGAUCGUCUUCUGA